AAUCCACACACACAGCCCAAUAUAAGAGAGAGACGGUCAAGUGGAAACCAUAUGACAUGCACGCACUCAGCCAGCUCUCAGCACUAGCUCUAGGCCUCCUAGCUCCAUUUCAACAGACAUCAUAUCACAGCCACACAUCCACUAAGCCCCUCCAACAGAACAACCAUCUCCACUUUGAGACCACUUGAGGCACUUUUCAACCACAUCCACCAGGACUGGCGUGAAAUCACCUGUUGAUUGGCUAACGCCCGGUAACUGGUAACUGACUUCCGUGACAAUGCGGUCGCUGUGCAGGCUGUUCAUGGCGGCGGCCGCCAUGUGGGCGUUUGGCGGCAGGGUGCAAGCGGCCCCGACGACAGGGCAGCCGGCCUCUGAGGAGGAAGUGAACGUGCUGAUGUUUGGCGUGCUGCAGUUCAGUGAGUCGCUGCGCCACACCUACCAGACCACCGAGGCCCGGCUAGCCCGGCUGGCCAGAGCCGUGCGCACCACCGAGAGCCUGGUGCGAAGGAUCGACCGCCAGACGCUGGAGGCCAAGCAGGCAGAGGUCCAGAUCAGAGAGGGGAUCCACCACCUCCAGGCACAGACUGCGGAUCUUAAGAGCACCGCCCAGCAGGCUAAAGGGAAGGUGGAGCAGGUGCAGCAGGAGGAGCUGGAGCUCAAGAUGAAGCUUAGUGGACUGGAGUCCACCCUCACCAGCGCCAGCCCUGACAACGUCAAAUCACUCAAGGACACAGUUCAGAAGCACUCAAGGCUGCUGAAGGAUUUACUGGACUGGACCAAGAAACAGAGGGAGAAAAUUGAGCUUCAGAACCAACAGUUGACCCAGUUACAGAAACAGAAUGGGUUGUAAGACCUGCCUGAAGAAAAGACACACUGGACACUCCACACUCCCAUUAUUUGGAAGACUAUACUUCAAGCUAUUUACAUACCCACAAACAGAUCCAGCCAAUACAUUUCAGCUAAUACAUCAUAUCAUAUAAUACUGUAUUUUAAUGUUUCGGACAUGCUUACUUAUUAUUUUAUUACUUAUGUGUUACUUACUUACUUAU